UCUGUGUUGACAAGCCUACAUGACAACAUGGGUCAUAUGGGAAUAGAGCGCACACUCGAUCUGGUCAGAGCCAGGUUCUACUGGCCGAGAAUGUCCUCAGAUGUGGAGAAAAAGAUAAAGACCUGCCACAGGUGUGUACGUAGGAAAACGUUACCUGAGAAGGCUGCACCUUUGGUGAAUAUCAUGACGACAAGACCCCUUGAGCUAGUCUGUAUGGAUUUCCUAUCCAUUGAACCGGACAGCAGUAAUGUGAAAGAUGUUCUUGUCAUCACAGAUCAUUUUACUAAAUAUGCAGUCGCUAUCCCAACAUCGAACCAAAAAGCUCGGACUGUCGCAAAGUGUCUGUGGGACCAUUUCAUAGUACACUAUGGCAUUCCUGAAAAAUUACACAGCGAUCAAGGGCCGGAUUUUGAAUCUCAGCUGAUCAAAGGGCUGUGUGAAGUAGCAGGCAUACAGAAGAUUCGGACUACCCCGUACCACCCCAGGGGCAACCCGGUGGAGCGUUUUAACCGAACACUCUUAAGUAUGCUUGGAACUCUGGAGAACAAAGACAAGUCACAUUGGAAGGAUUUUGUAAAGCCUUUAGUUCAUGCGUACAACUGUACCAAGAACGAGGUAACUGGAUUCACACCGUAUGAGCUGAUGUUUGGGCGUCAGCCACGGUUGCCUGUCGAUUUGGCUUUCGGGUUACCUGUGAGAGAACAACAAAACAAGUCACACUCUCAAUAUGUUAAGGACCUCAAAUCCCAUCUUGAGGAGAGCUAUAAAAUAGCUACACGGAGUGCUGCAAAGGUAGCCAAAAGGAACAAAACCAGAUUUGACAAACAUGUGACCACAUCUACCUUGGAAAUCGGAGACCGAGUGCUGGUCAGGAACAUACGCAUUCGAGGAAAACACAAACUCGCCGAUAAAUGGGAGCAGACAGUCUAUGUGGUGGUGAAACGAGCUGGAGACCUCCCCGUCUACACCGUUAAACCAGAGGGCGGGGAUGGCCCCAUACGCACCCUACACAGAGACCUCUUACUCCCUUGUGGGUUCCUCUCUGCAGCCAAGGAGGUGAAACCUGAAAAACCAAAACCAAAGAAAAGGCCCAGAACGCGACAGAUUACUCACAAAGACAAUGAAAGAGCAGAUCACUCCUCAGAUGAGGAUGACAUUGUUCCAGUCCACUGGUUUGCAGAUAGAUCAGUGCCAAAUGACUCGACGUACAUUGUCAAGCGAGAUGUUCUGCUGACUCAUAAAUCAAGUCUUGGUCAAGAUGAUGUGACUGCAGAUCAUGACAAGUUGGCUGAUAGUACUCCAGCUUGUGCAGACACCAUAUCUGAUGUUGUUCCAGCCAGUCAUGCUGAUGAUAACCAACCUUAUGACAAUCAGAUUGCAAGUUAUGGAGAAGCCUCAUAUGAGGGAGACUUACCUGGAAAUGACGAAUCUGAAAAGGAAAGAGACUUACCUGGAAAUGACGAAUCUGAAAAGGAAAGAGACUUACCUUCUACGGAUCGCCCUGACAUGAGGGAUGAACAAAUCCUACUUCUCUCUGACAUGUUAGGGAGUGAUGAGGAAGGAGAGGACUUGAUAUUUGACAGAGAAACAGUUAACAAGGACAGAGAUGAACAAACAAGCAAAGAAAUUCCUGUCCGAAGAUCAGAAAGAAGUCGUCAGCCACCAAAAAGGCUAGACUACCCUGAAUUGGGAAAUCCCCUUGUCACUGUGGUCAAAUCAUUAUUUCAGGGUUUAACCACAGCUUUCAUUGAAUCUUUAAAUGCUAAAGCUGAAUUAUUGUUCUUAGAUGAUGCAGCUCACAGUAGACAUGCAAAGGGACUUGCAUGAAUUCAAGAGGGGAGGGUGUAACCCAGUUCCUAAAAUCAUCUCAAACAAAAGAGAAGAAAAAGUAAAACAUUUUAUGUUCAUUGUUCCUGUUCUUACUGUCCUUGUUUAAUAAAAGUGAAACGAGAUCAAUACAUUUAUUUAAACAUAAAAGGGACACAGAUUUAUAUAUGAUAUGCUCUGGUCAAACAAGGGUUAAGUUUUCUCAGAAGGUUGAUGAGCUGUGAUGAGAGCCUAUUGUUUUACUCCACUCCUCGCAUGUCAGCCAAUCGGUGAAGCUCUAGGCAGCUCUUGUCCCUCCUUAGUGCCAGCUCCCAAGUUUGCAGUCUCUUGCUUCUACAGCUGAACAGAGCAGACGGACUAAAACUUUGCUAUCGGUAAGCUGGAGAAAUUAACAUCUAGCAAGUUAAAAAAUACCAUCUAAACUGAUAUUUUUCACAAAAUAUGGUUUUGCACUUGUUGUCGUAGAGGGCAGAGCGAAACCGGAAGGUUUACUGAGCUGUGGCUUCACGUAAACGCUGAGCAUACGCUCGACGGCGGUCAGGUUUUUUAUAUGGGACGAAUCCAAGGAACAGGUCAGCGAUUCCAGAACCCAGAGCGUUCCAGUGUUCACUGGAUGGCGAGCCAACCCAAGAUCCUAGGAGACGAUAUAUAUACACACGCACACUCAUUUGCACAUUGAUGGACUACAAUCUUCUACUGUACAAGUAGUACGGUAGGAUAGACAAUCACACACACUCUUACCAUUGGACGGACUCUAUUGCAAUACACCCGUUUGUCAUGGGCCCCACCGGUACCAUUUGGACUUAAAAAAGACUAAUAGUUUUACUUGUGCACAAUUUUAUUUUAUUCUAUUGUUUUGCUACUUUGGGGGAAAUUUUUAUACUGGAAGUUCUGUUAAAACCUGUUGUAACACUGUGUUGUUUACAAAUUCCUUUUAAAGGGCUUAAAAUCACUAAAGCACUUUUAAGCCACACAACUGUGUUUGUCUGGUUUCUCUGCCAUUCAUAUACCAGAGCUCUAAGAGUCGUUCUUUAUCUUCUGAUACUAGCCCAAAUUACUCAUUACCUUGGUAGUUAUCCAUUGGUACUGUAUAUAA